AUGACAGCCUCGGCCAACCGCAGUCCCCGUCCACACAACAACACCGCCACUGUGUCUCCCACGGUCGCUCCACGACGUUUGGUAGAAGCCACGAUGCAACUGGGUAGCAAGCUCCCUAGUUGGCUGCUCCGACCGGAAGAGGAAUCAUCCCCCGUUAUCCGCCGCCGCUCCACACUGUUAGACACCACCGCCACCAAGCAACGCGAUUUGGUGCAGAUCAUCUUGGAAGAUCCAGAACAGUGGGAAAAGCUGCACCAAGCCAUGCAAGAACAAAAGAGUUGCACCAGUAUGGGAUUGACACAGAAUCUGCGCUCCCUCAUUCAAGAUCGGAUCGAGGAUAUGCAACGGAAUGAUGGCAUUGCGAACAGACAGCGCAGUUUUACCGAUUAG